UCAAAGUCUUGAAGAAUAACUCAUUGAUCGAAAUCUACCAAGGCAGAGAGUUGGUCGCACCAACCUUUCAAAGAAGUUGUUUGGGGGAAACCGUUCACGUUAUUCUUUAAACGUCAAUUUAUUGGUUUUAUUUGGACGACCAAACAGGGCAGCUGCAAUGUGGAUUCAAGUGCGCACAAUGGAUGGGAAGGAAACCCACCGGGUGGAUUCCCUGUCCAAACUCACCAAAGUGGAUGAGCUGCGUCUGAAAAUCAUGGAGCUCUUCAAGGUGGAGCCAGAGAGGCAGAGGCUCUUCUAUCGUGGCAAGCAGAUGGAAGACGGCCAUACCAUAUUUGAUUAUAAUGUGGGGCUAAACGACAUAGUCCAGCUGCUUGUUAGGCAGGAGAUGCCCCCUCCCAAUAUUGUAAAAAGCAAGGACAAAGAAGCUGAGCUCUCUGAUUCUGAUUCUGGCUGUGGUUCAACUCAAAGUGAGUCUGACAAGAACUCGACUCAUGGUGAGGUAGAGGGUCAGACUGCUGGUACCUCUGCUCAGACAAACACUCCAGAGCUCAUCGACCCAGGAUUUGGACUUUACAAGAUCAACGAGUUAGUGGAUGCAAGAGACCUAAACAUGGGAGCGUGGUUUGAGGCCCAGAUCGUCAGUGUAACAAAAACGACUAAAACACCCAAAGAGGCUGCUGAUGCAGACGAGGAAGAGAUCCUGUACCAUGUUAAAUAUGAAGAUUAUCCAGAGAAUGGAGUGAUUCAGCUUCUGGCUAAGGAUGUUCGCCCAAGGGCCCGUACAGUGUACCAGUGGCACCAGCUGGAACCAGGAAUGAUUGUUAUGGUCAACUACAACCCUGAUGACCCUAAGGAACGUGGAUACUGGUACGAUGCUGAGAUCCAGAGGAAGCGGGAGACUCGUACUCUGCGGGAGAUCUAUGCCAAGAUCAUUCUUGGUGAUGCUGGUGACUCUCUCAAUGACUGCCGUAUCAUGUUUAUAACGGAAAUCUACAAAAUCGAGGAGCCUGGGUCUUUGAGUGACACCCCAGCUGGGUCUGAGAGUCCAUUAAAAAGAUCAAAUGGACCUGAGUGCAAACACUGUAAGGAUGAUCCAAAGAAGAACUGUCGCUGGUGUAACUGCCAUAUCUGCGGCAUCAAGCAGGAUCCUGACAAACAGUUGCUGUGUGACGAGUGUGACAUGGCCUAUCACACUUACUGUCUGAAUCCUCCACUGACCUCCAUCCCCGAAGAUGAGGACUGGUAUUGCCCAGGUUGCCGUAAUGACACCAGCGAGGUUGUGUUGGCAGGAGAGAAGCUCAAGGAGAGCAAGAAGAAAGCUAAAAUGGCUUCUGCUAGCUCCUCAAGCCAGAGGGACUGGGGCAAGGGAAUGGCAUGUGUGGGUCGAACCAAGCAGUGCACCAUUGUCCCGUCCAACCAUUACGGCCCAAUACCUGGCAUCCCUGUUGGCUCUCUGUGGAAGUUCAGAGUGCAGGUCAGUGAAUCUGGUGUCCACAGGCCUCAUGUUGCUGGAAUUCAUGGCAGGAGCAAUGAUGGUGCUUACUCUUUGGUCCUGGCAGGAGGCUAUGAGGAUGAUGUGGAUGAUGGUAAUGAGUUCACUUACACUGGCUCAGGAGGGCGAGAUCUAUCUGGAAACAAGAGAACUGCUGAGCAGUCAUGUGAUCAGACACUUACCCACAUGAACAGAGCUCUGGCUCUCAACUGCAACGUCCCUGUCAAUGACAAAAAUGGAGCAGAGUCCAAAAACUGGAAGGAAGGGAAACCAGUAAGAGUCGUGCGCAACUGCAAGGGACGCAAGCACAGUAAAUACUGCCCUGAGGAAGGAAACCGAUAUGAUGGUAUAUACAAGGUGGUCAAGUACUGGCCAGAUAAAGGCAAGUCUGGUUUCCUGGUCUGGAGGUACCUGCUAAAGCGCGAUGAUGACGAGCCGGCGCCUUGGACCAGAGAUGGCAAAGAACGCAUCAAGAAGCUUGGUCUCACCAUUCAGUAUCCUGCCGGCUAUCAGAAAGAAAAAGAGAACAAAAAUGAAGUAGAGGAGGAAGCGACACCCAGCAAGGCAAAGAGGAAGAGAAAAUCUCAGGGCACUGAAUCCCCAAAGACCUCACCAGCCAAGUCUCCUAAGAAGAUCAAAGUGGAGGUGUAUAAGCUUUCCCAGGCACAGAAAGCCCUCAUCAAGAGUGAUAAGCAAAACAAGAAGCUGUGGGAUGAAGCCAUGGGGUCUCUGUCACUCGGACCGAAAUUCUUGAGCAAAGUUGAAGAAGUUUUCCUCUGCAUUUGCUGCCAAGAGGUGGUUUACCAGCCCGUCACCACAGAGUGCCAGCACAAUGUCUGCAGGGAAUGUCUUCAACGGUCCUUCAGGGCAGAAGUGUACACCUGUCCAGCCUGCAGACAUGACCUGGGGAAAAACUACUCCAUGUCCGUCAACAAAGCUCUGCAAGACAUUCUAAAUCAGUUUUUCCCCGGGUACAGCAAUGGCCGAUGAUCAUUGGUUUUGCUUACCAAGACCUCGAGGAAGCGCAAUGAAAACCGUAAGGGGCAUUUUCAGCAGAGGCGAUUAAAGAAUCUGUUUCUUUUAAUAUAUUUUCUAUGAUUAAAGAACUACAAUAUUUGUGGAUUGAAAUGCUGCCACUUUCACCUUGGAUCCGCCAUGUUGUACUUUUGAUAAGUUGAGAAUUUCUUUGUAAUAGACUGUGCCAUUAUACCAUUAAGGAUGCCAAUCUUGAUUAAGUGUUUUAUGCCAUUUAACUAUUGCUAAUGUCAGUAAUUUGACACUCCACCCCCCUUUUAAUAAUUCUUCCAUGUUUCACACUUGUUAAGGUUUAGUCAGUGUGAUUUUUAAGCCGUUUCCCAAAGCUGGAAAAGCUUUUGUUUGAGGCCAUUAUUGGCUGUUUACGUUCUCGUUAUUUCUCUCUGUUAUUUUCUUUAGUUGGUCAUAUAUUUCUGGUGCAAUCUUCAAAAAGAUCUAAUUGUGGAUUUAAGACUUUGAUUAAUUUUAAUUGGUUCUGGCAUGAUUAGAUUUAAAUUGUACUUUGUGACAAGUGAACAAAAGUUGAGACUUUAACUGCUUCUUAAAAUGCAGACUAAACCAAAAUCUACAAGCACAAAGUGGAUGAGAACAGAUUCUGCUUUCCCGUGCUUUAGUCUGAGAGGAGGUGUCUUUAUCUGGGGACUGUUCAUUUGUGCCUUUUUCUUUUUAACUCGUUAACUAAUCAACCCGUUAAUAUUGUCAAAAGGAUUUUUUUUCUUUUUUUUUUUUUUUUUCUUUUUUUGUAUGUGAAGUUUCCUAAAGUUGGAAAAUGCUUCUGAGUUUGAUAAAACUUUGAAAGACAUAAUAAUGAAUUGAAAAGAAAAAUUUUAUCCUAACAGAUAUAGAUUCCCUCAUCUUUUGGAAAGAUUUGCGAUUAAAUAGUCCAAAGAUGUGAUGGAAGUAGAACUCCAAUCUGUCUAGCUCUAGAUUUUGUCCCUAACACUCAAACCUAAAUGUGAUUAGUGACUUAAUUUUUUUUUUGAUGAAGCUGAAGUAUGUGCGUAUGUGUAUAUAUAUAUAUUUUUUUUUGUCCUUUUUUAUAAUCUAUUUACUGCCAUUUUUUUUUAUAUAUAUAUAUAUAUAAUGGGGGGAAGGGGUACAAUCCUUUUUUCUUGCUGGUUUUCACUUCAUACCUCACCUCAUUUAAAAUGCAAGAAAUGCCUUCAUUAAAUAUUAGGGUAAAUGCACAUGCUGUUCCUGAAAUCUUGUUGCAAUUCAACUGAACUAAAUUUAUCAGCAGCUUUUUACUAUUCCUUUUGUCCGUUUACUUAUUAUUUUUUUUAAGUUGAUAAACGAUGUGUACCAAUUCUAAUCUAAGUGCUUCAUGUCUUGUGAAAGAUGAAUAUUUUCAUAGGUUGGGAAAAUGUAUAUUCUCUGAAAUUGUACAUUAUUUUAGGCAAUUUUAGAUUUGUUUAGUAGUUUUAGAAUUCCUUGCACACAUUGGUGCAGAAUUUUGACUAAACGUUUUCAUUGUUCAAUAAACAUAACUUCAAAUUUG